AAACCUCCGGCGGAUCCGGAAGUGCCAGAGAGGGUGGGAGCAGCUGCAGCAGGCGAAGGCGGCUACGGGGACGUCGGAGAAGUCCCACAGCGCUGAGGACCUGAAGAUGGAGUGCAUGUUCAAACUCAACUCGUACAAGAUGGUGUACGUCUUCAAGUCUGAGGACUACAUGUACAGACGCACUGCGUUGACCCGGGCUCACCAGUCCCACCAGAGAGUCCACACUCGCCUGCACCGCCGCUUCCAAGGCUUGGUGGACACCUGGGCCAAGGAACACGUGACCAGCGACAUGGCCACCGACACCCGCAAGUGGCUGAUGGGAGAGCGUCGCGAGGGUCUGUUGCCGUGCACCACCACCCGGGAUCCCCAGGUCCUCUAUUACCUGAAAAUCAACAGAUACCAUGUGACGUAUCAUGGCAGCUCGUCAGGGGCACCUUAGCUCAACCGGGUGACGAGAUGACGGGAGGGUAUUACUUAUCGUCAUUUUAAUAAAUCGGCUUGGCAGCAAAUUGCUGGAUURUGGAAACUGCCGGAGAUUACUUUAUAUUUGUUUUUAUAAGGACUUUUUAAAUGGACCCUCCCUAUCUUUGCAGCACAAAAAAAAGCCAAAUUUCCUAUGUGGCCACCAACCAGUUCUCCAUCAGUCCCCUAAACCCCCACCCACCCUACCAGCCUGUCUUAUGCCACCUUUGAAUACAACAGAAAAGAUAUGAUGCGACCGAAUACGCUAUGAGUGCAAGAAAGGAAGCCGUUGUAGUUAUACAGCUAUUGAUCCUUGGCUGGACUGAUCCUCAGACUGAUGGAUGCUGUUGAGAACCACGCAGAAAGAGCACGCCAUACAGAAUGCUUGGCCUUUCCCCCCCCUUUUUGAAGCAAUAUACACCCAUUGAAGUGGUUGAGGAGCACCACACCAUCCGGUGUGCAGGUCUCUAGUUUAACUGCUAAGGGGAACCACAGAAGUCUCUCACAACCACUGUGAGUAGGAAGAUUAGCAUACAGGCAUGGACUAUGAACAGGUAUUUUAUCCAGGCCACAAGAUGGCUUUUGGAUUUUGUAUAAUUGUAUAGCCUGUGAAUGUUUCUUUUUUUCAGUGGUACAGGUAUGUAUGCUYUGUGUCCACAAACAUCUCUGGCAGCCGUGGUGUAGAUAUUGGGCAGAUUUAUGCGAAAAUACKAGGUUUUCCCCCAGUCAGUCAAGUAUAGUAACAUCAGACUACCCACAUACUGCUGAUUUGUAAAUAGCUUGUUGAUAGUCGUCCUUUUUGUCAGAGAUGUGCAUUGAUGUGUACCCUAACAGACUUAGUUUAGACCUCGGGUCAAAAGUUGAAGAGAAAUAGCCUAUAUUGAAAAUGCUCAAAUUUUAACAACUGUUUUUACCAAAGGAACUUUAUUAGAGCCUUUUUCCUUUGUGUUCUGUUUCUUUCGUGUUAUGUCAUGUAAGCCUUCAUUUAGCAAAGUAUAACGUUUUCAUUGUCUUGAAAUUGAUAAUUUUAUACAAAAUGUUUCAAGACAUUAUUUGUCUAUCRGGUUUUUCACUCAAGUCAUUGGCACCAGUUCCAAUUCGGAAUUUCUGAACAAUGAAUGUAGCCUAGAAACUAUUUACGCUUUCCCUGUACAUAAUGUAAACGAUUUGUACCCCCUAAACCAAUUCUCCAUUAAUAUAUCCAUCAGAAUUUCUGGAUCAGUCAUCAAAUAUGGAACAUCUAAUCCCAUAAAUCCAUGUGAUCUUAUUGUGGUCGUGAUGAUAGUUGCCAUUGGUAACGGGCAGGUUGUUGCGUGUUAAGAUUCCCACUUGGAUCACAGGUUCCUCCUCCAGGGCUACCCAGGGCUACAGUAGAGGGAUCAGUCAUGCCACCUCCACAGGACCAAUCAGCCACAUGCAGCAUCCCCAUCUCUACUUUCUGGUAAAUGUCACGUUAAAGAUGACUCAGAGACGUAAGACUCCCGAGUCCGUUUCUGAAGCGCAAUCAUGCUUCAUUAAAAUCAGUCCAGAUGAGAUGUAGUUCUGCCUACUUUACACGGUAUUGAUAAUGUCUCAAUAUAAAAGAGAACGGUGGUAAUGACCCCCCCCCCCAAUUAUAAACAGCACUGUUUUAUAGUGUCAUGUUGUACACUUUCAGAAGGUGCAGGUGUAGACACAUAUACAAUGAUUUGUGAAAUUGUAUUCUGAUCGCCAAAUCUGGUCCAUAUCCAUAAUAAGAUCCACAUUGACAACCAUAUGAGUAUAUGUGAAUGUAUACCAUUCAACCGCUACAGUUUAAUCAUCAACAACCAAGCACACUGCAUUUGACAUGCUAUUCCUUUCUCUCUCUUUUUUUUUGUUGUUGUAAGAAAUCCUGUCCCCAGAAAGGUUGAGCCUGUAGUGUUUUGGGUUGGUGGUAAUACUUCCAUUUUCCCAGUGUUUCAUCAUCGUCGUAUAUYAAUUUGAGUUUAAUUUUGUCUAACCACAUGUCACACCACUCGGUACCUCUUCACGCCUGACCAGAACCUUCRCAUCUGGCUCUGUUUCUGUCCAGCAAAGCCUGGAUGUUAAUUCUGAUCUCACAUGAGAACCUGGGCAUUCUGAUUUACAUGAACAAAUGUAAACAAAAACACUUUGGCUAUGGACAUCAACCAGAUCCUCAGAUCCACUUGACUGAAGUCUUGCUCCUACACUACCGAUGGAACGAUCUCAUAGAAUAGAUCCAAGCCACUACACCAGGGAAUACUUUGGGUAGAGUUGUAGUCGUGGGAGUGUGUGUGACGUUGAACUGCCACCAAUUGAUCUGGAAGGAGGACAUUUUAACAACCCAAAUAGGACAAGUUUCCUCAUCAACGUUUGGCCCCACAAGGCUACUCUGUCAGUGCUGUAACCAGCUAAAGACAAUCUCUGGACUGUUUCUAUCUUUAGACUGAUUUUCAUUUUUCUAUUUACUGUGUUGAACAUGGAGUACAGGAGGACUACCGGGCAGCUGAAUUGUAUAUACAAACUACAAAGACUACAUUUGUAGCCCAUUUUCUGUGUCCCUUUGUCACCUCUUCUUUGACUUCUAUGAUGUUGUGUAGUAUGGUGUUUGGCAUUAAACUCUUAUUUGAAUAGACUGAA